AUGUGGCAUGCACAGAUCCAGUUCGAUUGCCCUCAUCGGAAUUCACCUUACACAGAUCUGAUCCACGUGGCCAUGGUUACGACCUGUGUUAAAGCAUCUGUCUUGCCUAAUCCUCAGCAGCUAAUCUAUGAGACUGGUGGUAGCCCUUCAGUUAAAGCUCCACCUAUUGAGAUGGUCAAAGAUGAGGAGAAUAUGACCAACGCCUCUCUCAUAAAAUCCUAUGCGCGACUGAAUGGAGAGGAUGAUAUAAGCGCGAUCAAUGUCCGGUGA